UCCCAGCUGCUGUGGACGAUGCCGUUGAUGCGCUGCUUCUACCUCGAAAGCCACGCGCAGGCGUUUCUCGCUCGAUAUGUCUCGCGUGAGCGUGACGGGGUUUUCAGCGAGCGGGAAUCCUGGCCGUCACGUCCCGCUGCGUUUACGUCACCGCAUCAUGAUGCAACAGCAGCAGCAGGAGCAGCAGGAGCAUCAGUGCGUUCCAGACAACGACAAUAAUAGCGACGACGACAUCGGGCACGUAGAUUCAAACCAACACCUCCUCCCCAGAAACCCCACCCAACCCACCACCAGUCAACCCGUCUCCCCCAAAUCCAACUCCUUUAGCAUCUUCUCCUGGUACCCCAUCCUCGACUUCGUAAUAACCCGCAAAGUCCGCAGCAGCCGCUCCAGGAACCCAGACAAAUGCCUCCCAAACUUCCUCACAACCCUCUUCGACGAGUCCUACCUGCCCGACCUGACCGACCGCGCCUCGCCCUUCGCCUCACCCAUCCACGCCUCCGAUGACAUGCUGCACCAAGGCUUGCCGUCUAACAUAUUCAUGUACAUGUGCGAGUGGGACAUGCUGCUCGAGGAAGGGCAGGAGUUUGCGCAGCGGCUGGAAGGGAUGGGGAAGAAGGUGCGGUCGAUGAUGGUGGCCAGCCAGCCGCAUGCGUGGGAUAAGAGUCCGAAUCCGCUGAGGGAUCAGGGGGCUGUGGAUGUUUUGUAUAGACAGGCGUGUUAUGAGAUGGGGGCUAUUUUUGAGAGGGGGCCCGCGGGGAGAUGAGGUUGAAUCUUUGUAGAUUUUCUUUUUUGGAAUAGGGGUUUGGGUUGUUUCUUUGGUUGUGCGGUGUAUACUAUUUACUACACUAUAGAUGGGGCUUUUCUUUGACUCCUUUACUUCAUUCUCGGUUUUCUUACUCUUUCCCUGGCGACCUGGGUACCCUUAAUUGUUUCUCCUUUUCAGUCCGACUGGCCUAGGAGAUUAGGAAUAACUUGUUUGGGGAUUGAAACGAAAAUGAGAGGGGAGAUGCAGAGAGGGAGGGAUUUUGAGCCUAGGUUGGGUUCGUUCGUUUGAUUAAUUAUUUUACCCGUUGCGUAUGUAUGUAUAUUAUGUACAGUAUGUUUAGUUUGAGAUCGCAGGAGUUGACAGUUGAUAAAUGGUAAAAAAUAAUAUAUUAAAUCAUAUUCUUUGAAAAAAAGAAGGUAUAACUUGCG